AGUUCCUCAAUGGAAAAGGUGUUAAAAACUGUCUGCAGCACUAUGGAAACGUGGAGACACAAUAGUCAUCUAUUGAGACCCUCAAGGAACUAUUGGGCAAAGUGAUGGAAAUGAAGAGCUUGAAACAUCACUUCAGCAUGGCGGCAGCUGAAUCUGACAAGGACUCUGGAUAUUCAGAUGGAAGUUCAGAGUGCCUUAGUGCUAUGGAGCAGACUGACUCAGAGGAUGUGCUGAAUGCAUUGUGUUGGAAUACAGAGGAUGGACCUUGGCAAUGCCCAGUGACCACAAACAACUCCUUUCCCUCACUUUCUCCUAUGGUUGUAAUGAAAAAUGUGUUAGUUAAGCAGGGGAGUUCAUCAUCACAGCUCCAAUCUUGGACUGUGCAGCCAUCCUUUGAGGUGAUUCCAGCUCAGCCACAGCUAGUGUUUCUUCGUCCCUCAAUCCCACCUCCCAUUAACCCUCACCCUGUUGGGAAAAAGAGAAAUGACUCCACUAAUUACCUGCCCAUCCUGAAUUCUUAUCCCAAAAUAGCACCACAGCCCUGCAAAAGAGAUCACUCCUUUGAUGUAGAAGAACAUCAGGAAACCAAUUGCCAUAAACGACUCUGCACAGAAGCACCCAAGAUGGAGACUUCUCCUGUAUCGAGGAGCACAGGCUUGUCUACUAGUCCUUUUGUGCACCUACCAGUUAGCUUUAAGACCCUUCAAGAUUCUAACCAGCAAGGUUCUUCAACUCUAGUGACAAGUGGAAAACUGUCAGCUCUUCCUGGUUUUCAUCGUGUUUCCAGUGACAGUCAGAAAAUGCCGGGUUUGACUCCUCUUUUGCCUUUUGGAGCUCUGCAGGCUACAAAGUGCACCCCUCAUGAGAGCGAGAGUGCAGCACAGACUACGAUGCAGUCUGCAGUGUGGAGCCCCCCAUUGAUACCAGAAGAGAUUUGCACUACCCCUGAGCUGCUCUUGCAACAACAAAGCAAGUGCAGACGCUUUCAGAACACACUCGUUGUGCUACGCAGGUCAGGAUUGCUGGAGAUCACUUUAAAAACCAAGGAGCUCAUUCAUCAGAACCAGGUGACUCAGGCCGAGCUGGACCGGCUGAAGCACCAAACACAGCUUUUCAUAGAGGCAAUAAAGAACAAUGCUCCACAGUCGUGGGCAGAGCUAGAAGCAUCUCUAACAGGAUCUGAUAAAGCUGAUAGCAACCUUGAAGAUCCCACUUAUCCCAACAUGUAG